AUGAGAGCGGCACGUCCCAGGGUUCUGUUGUGGGCCUGCCUGGCAUUUCUACUGGGCCGGGGCUUUGUCCUUCCUGGGCUGACCAACCGUGGCAGCCGGGUCGCGCGAGCCGCUGAGAGGCGUGAGAUUACCAAAGUGGAGAUCUGCAUUCACAGAGACUGCAAGCGCAGAGGUGGCGGGGCGAAGCUCCGGAAGGUCUUCGAGGACUUGGCUGCAGGGACCGACAUCGAGGUUGGGGAGUACGACUGCUUCGACGAGUGCCCUUUCGGACCCAACGUGAGGACACUCAGUGGUCCCGAUGACCAGUUCGGGCGCGUGCUGAACGGCGUGAAGGGGGAGAAGAAGGUGGCCGAAAUCCUCGGAGUGGACCUGCCAGAGGAGGAGAAGUGA